ACGUCGUGCGUGCGUGGAAUAUGGCGACGUCCCUGGGCUCAAACACCUACAACAGACAGAACUGGGAAGAUUCGGACUUCCCUAUUCUUUGUCAAACAUGUCUUGGGGAAAAUCCAUACAUUCGCAUGACCAAGGAAAAGUAUGGCAAAGAGUGCAAGAUAUGUGCGCGUCCCUUCACUGUUUUCCGCUGGUGUCCUGGUCUACGGAUGCGCUUUAAGAAGACUGAGGUGUGUCAGACCUGCAGUAAGAUGAAGAACGUCUGUCAGACGUGUUUGCUGGACCUGGAGUACGGUCUUCCGAUCCAGGUCAGAGACACAGGCAUAUCCAUUAAAGACAACAUGCCGAGGUCAGAUGUGAACAAGGAAUAUUACACUCAGAACAUGGAGAGAGAGAUCCAGAACUCAGACGGCAGCAGUCCGGUGGGGAUGCUGGGUAAAGCACAGAACCCCAGUGACAUGCUGCUGAAGCUGGCGCGAACCACGCCGUAUUACAAACGCAACAGACCCCAUAUCUGCUCCUUCUGGGUGAAGGGAGAGUGUAAGAGAGGAGAGGAGUGUCCCUACAGGCAUGAGAAGCCCACGGACCCUGACGAUCCUCUGGCCGAUCAGAACAUCAAAGAUCGUUAUUAUGGCGUCAACGACCCGGUGGCGGAUAAACUCCUGAAGAGAGCGUCCAGCAUGCCUCGACUGGAUCCGCCUGAGGACAAGUCCAUCACCACGUUAUACAUCGGAGGACUGGGAGAAAACGUCACAGACUCUGAGCUCAGAAAUAAUUUCUAUCAGUACGGUGAGAUCCGUACAAUCACGCUGGUUCAGAGGCAGCAGUGUGCCUUCAUUCAGUUCUCCACGCGACCGGGAGCAGAGCUGGCAGCGGAGAAGACCUUCAAUAAGCUCAUCAUUAACGGCCGCAGGCUGGCGGUGAAGUGGGGCCGAUCACAGGCCGCUAAAGGGAAGGAGGGGUUCGAUGAGAUGGGCACCGGACUAGAACCAGUACCGGGUCUCCCUACAAUUCUGCCGCCACCCCCUGCUCUGGAGGAUGAGACUCCUGCUAACUACUUCAACCUGGACCCCAGCGGCUCUCCUGCAGUCAUGAACAUCAGUCUGCCGCCUCCACCCGGACUCCCAACCCCACCGCCACCAGGUUUUGGAUCUCCCUUGUUCCACCCCAUGGGCCCUCCUCCACCUCCUCCGAUGGCUUUGAGACCUCCGGGUCAGAUCCAUUACCCUUCCCAGGAUCCUCAGCGCAUGGGAGCGCAUGCUGCUGUUCGUCACAGCCUUUGAUCGACUCCUCGUGUGGACUAGUCCAGAUUCCCUCACUGCUGCGGGGAUUAAUCUGUGGCGGUGAUGUCAUCAGAGGGCGGGGUCUGAUCUGUGACAUCAUACAGAGUGAUGGACUGGCACACUGUGGUAUGGUCAUGUGAUUGGGGGUGCUCUUCAUGCACACACGGCUUACCAACACAUAGGCCCUUGUUAUUAUAGUUUAUACAAUGACUCUAUGCCUCCUCGUUAUUUAAAGUCACCGAGACAACAUCCUACGCUAACUUGAAGUUACAUCGAAAACAAAGCACCUUUUAGGACUUCUUGCACUCGAAUGGCAUGGAAAGCGUAAGCCAUUUUCCCCCAAAUUUUUAUCAUAGUUGUGCAGUAAAAAACAAUUCCGCAUUAAAGUAAACAUGAGUUAGUUUCAGUAGAUUACUGACAGUUUAGGUGAAUAAUUAGUGCUUAAUUCAUUUAUGGUCCUAAAGUAGUUUUUGUGAAAAAAUAAUUGCUUAAUUUGAAUUUUAUUUGUACAGUUUUUGAGAUCCACACACUCACACCAUAGACAUUUAACAUAAUUAAGUGAAGUGUCUAUUUAAAGGAUGCACCAGUUUUUUUUUAUUAUUAUUUAACAUGCCUGUUUUGUUUAGUUUGUGUGUGUGUGUGUGUGUGUGUGUGUUCUGAAGCAUUUUUUAAUGAACUGUCAGUUGAGUUUUUUUUCUGUUCAAAGAAAUUCAAAAACAAUGAAAGUACUUUUUAUUGAAAGAGCCUACCGUUACCAUCUUCUUUUGUCAGCAUUAAACUAGCCUUCAUUAAAA